AUGACAUUAAUACCGAAAGCAACGUAUGCUGCACCAGAUUUAACCCGGGAGUUUGUGCCGGGGCCAGGUCCACACUCAACAAAUGGGAAAACAACCCAAAUAUCCGACAUUGUGAUCAAAGCUGGAGGAGAAGAUCGAGAUAGACCAAGUGAUGCCAAAGACUCUGAAUUAGGCGAGUUAAGAGCUCAAUUAACAACAUUACAAGAUCAUAUAAACAUCUUUUUAACCGAGCGAAUGGAAAUAGAUAAAAACAAAGCAAAAGAAAAUGAAGAUUUGGAAAGACGUAUCCUAGACGAUGGUGUAGAUGAAGAUGAUAGUGAUUAG